AUGGUCGUUCUCUUCGAAUGCUCCUCUAUUGGUAAUCAUAGACUUAUUAUUGAAUUCAGCUUAAAGCAAUACAAUGGGUUCAACUCUGAGAUCACAAGCACUACCUUCAGUCAUAAUGAGCAGUAUGUGUUUGCUGGCUCUUAUUCGGGCACUAUUGUAGUCUGGGACAUUGAGGCUUAGAAAGUGGCGAUGAAUUUCAAAGAACAUUUAUCUCAAGUUAUGUGUAUUGCAGCUUAGAGGGAGUUCAACGGUCCAUACUUAGUAAGUGGAUCUCUAGACACUAACGUGAAGACCUGGGAUCUUAGGUCUAAAAAGAGCAUGAUGACCUGCAAGUCUCACUCAAAGCCAAUCACCUCAGUUGAUAUAUCAGUUGAUGGGAGAAUAGUAGCCAGUGGGUCUCAGGACACCUAUGUUAAAAUAUGGGAAAACCCGAGCUCAAGAUGCAUUCAUUAACUAAGACACAGUCAAAUUGCUGGUGUCACUUAGAUAGCCAUUAAUCCCAAAGAUGUGUCCCUAGUUGCUGGCUACAGUGAUAGGUUCCUCAGGUACUGGGAUCUUGACAUUGGAAAUAUGAUAUGUACCACUGCGCCAUGCGAUACCACACCUGUGCAGAAGUUUUGGUUUAGUGACGAUGGAGCUACAGUGCUUGCUGGAAUGAGUGACAGCAUCAAAGUAUGGGAUAUAGAAUAAGCUACAAUGAUAGAUAUUAUAAUGAAGCCUCAAUCUCAAAUUUAUGAUAUAAAGCAAGUUGCUGAGUACAACAGUGUUGGUUCCUCAGUCAUUUUAUCGCAAAUAUCAAACUAGGAAGUUAAUCUAAGACCAGCAGACUUGCAAGAUGAAGUAGUAACUAGUCUGACUUCAAAUGAAAUGAAUUCCAAAUUACCCUCUAUAGACUAAAAACUUGACUUCUACAACAAUAACAACAACAAACCCAAUCUGAAGUAAACACAGAGAGUCAGUUAAGCCAAUCUAAAUAACCCAGAUAAAACUCCACAACUAAACUAAAGUGUAUAGAACCAAAUGAAGUCAACUAGAUAUGUCGAGAACAUCCAAUCAAGCAAAGGCCCUUAAUCUAGUGUAUUGGCUAAGAAUGGAUUCAAUAUUAUGACUAAGAUAAAGAAACAGUCGACAAUCAAGAAUCAGUUUUAGGACUCCUUGGAAGACUUUAAUUCAGUUAUUGCCAGCACCAAGCGUCUCCCUUCUCGACAAGAAAAUAGCAAUAAAAAUGACAGCAUUGAUCCAAUGAGAAUGACAUCGAGGACAAAUCUUUCCAGUCUAUAUGAAAUACCAAUAGAUAAACCUUUAAAUCUUGACAUUGGCAAAUUCCUAUAGCCUACAGAUGUCAAGUACAAUGGCAAUGAUAUAGAAUUAAUACAAGAGGCUAUGAAGUAAAGCCAAGUCAUGGAUCGAAUCCUUGACAAGAGAUAGAAGAAUUUGAAGACUGUGCUAAAGUGGUGGGGUUAGGGAAACAUCAACAGUACUAUUAAUUGUUUAUCAUAGCUAAAUGAUUUAAGCGUAGUUAAUGACUUUGUUGCGGAUACCUUCGCUGUUAACUCGAAACUGGAUUUGCUUAAUAUGGAGAACACCCCUGCAAUCUUAGCUCAUUGCCUUAGAUUGAUUAACUCUAAGUAUGAGUCGCAUUCGAACACUGGCAUUCGUGCUUAUAACAAUAUUUUCAAAAUUUUCUAAGAUAGGAUAAUGCAGGCUAAGAGUAUAAUAGUGAGUGAUAAGGUAGACAUAGAAAGAGAAAAGAGGAUGGAGAAGAUUGAUGCUAUGAUUGACUAGUUCGAGAGAAUACUUACAGCAUAAGGCUGGGAUAGAGCUUUGAAGAGCUAAAAUCAGGAAAUAAGAGAGCUAGCUGCAAAACUGGAUAAUGAUCUAGACUUCUUUAUUGAGAAGUGCAAAAAGAAACCAGUUGCUAGUAACUUUAAUGCAAAAUUUGAUUGA